AUGCCAUUUGUGCGAAUGGCGUAUAAUACUCGCGGCUUCCUUUUGUCGGGGCUCGUGCUCCUAGGAAGCCUUCAAGCUGCUGAAGCGGGUGUUGUUAGGAAGUUUACUGAUGGAAACCCUACCGCGCAGGCGGGUCGCGAACGUGUUAGCAUCAAUGCGGGCUGGCGAUUUUCUCGAUUCGAGUCGAAUCCCGACUCCUUAUCGUACGACGUACUGAAGGAUUGGAUUCUUCCCACUGGCAACGACUUCAUCGUCAAUGGCGUCAAAUACAAUCGUCCGAGCGGAGUUGCUCCCGGUAGCAAUGUCACAUACGUCCAAGCAACGUUUGAUGACAGUGGCUGGGAGGAAGUGGAUGUUCCGCACGAUUGGGCUAUCAAGGGUCCUUUUCAUGCACCUAACAUCCCUAAUAGUAUGGGUGCAUUACCUAUUAACGGUGUAGGAUGGUACCGCCGCAAUUUGGCUAUCGAAUCGAGCAAUAGCGACAAAUCUAUAUUCUUGGACAUUGAUGGAGCUAUGUCCAACUCCGCUGUUUGGAUUAAUGGUCAACUGAUAGGUGGAUGGCCGUAUGGCUACAAUUCCUUCCGUCUAGAUCUUACUCCGUACGUAAAGACGGGAGAGAACCUCCUAGCUAUCCGGCUCGACAACCCGCUAAACUUCUCACGUUGGUAUCCCGGAGCUGGCUUGUAUCGAAAUGUUUGGUUGGUCAAGGUUGACCAGACUCAUUUCAGUCAACAUGGAUCUUACAUAACGACACCGGUGGUAUCUGCUGAGUCGGCUGAUGUGGAUCUAACCGUCGAGAUUGAGAACAAGAAAAACUCUAGUCGCCAGGUGGAGGUAAAGACCGAUGUUUACGUGUUCGAUACGAAGACCGGACGGGCAGGGGCGGAUGUGAUUGCAUCUUUCCCACAAGCGACUGCAGAAGUGGCCGCGACCAGCAAACAGGCUGUCAACGCCUCAGUUACGAUAGCGAACCCACAGCUCUGGGGACCUAGGCCAGACCAAGAACCUAAUCUUUAUGUCGCUGUUACGACACUUAUUGCAGAUGGGGCCGUUAUUGAUACCUACGAAACGCGUUUCGGUAUCCGAUCCAUAACAUACGAUGGCAACACAGGUAUUUCUGUCAAUGGAAAGCGUGUUUACAUCCAAGGGACCAACAACCAUCAUGAUCUCGGCUCUAUCGGAGCUGCCUUCCAUCUUAGAGCGGCAGAGAGACAAUUGGAAUUAUUGCAAGAAAUGGGUUGCAAUGCUCUUCGGAUGUCUCAUAAUCCACCAGCCCCUGAACUGCUUGAUCUAGCGGAUGAAUUUGGCUUCUUAGUCCUGGAUGAGAUAUUCGAUGUCUGGAAGCAGCAGAAGAUUUCGGAUGACUACCACGUCUAUUUCGACGAGUGGCACGAGCAGGAUCUCCGUACUUUCAUCCGGCGAGAUCGAAACCAUCCUUCUAUCAUGGCAUUCAGCAUCGGAAAUGAGAUCGUUGAGCAGACGACUUCUUCCGGUGGCGCAACUGCUCGAGAGCUCGUUGGUAUCGUGAGGGAAGAGGAUCCGGUACGGCACGUCAGUGCCGGAAUUAAUAAUGCUCAGGCAGGGAGCGAAUUCGCAGAUGCCCUCGACAUACCUGGCUUGAAUUACCAGGGCGAGGGUCGUGGCACGUCGUUCACCUCAGCGUACCCACCCUACCACGCAGCAUAUCCGGACAAGGUACUGUGGAGCACAGAGAGUUCCUCAGGGGUUAGUUCGCGCGGUACUUAUCUUUUCCCCGUGACGAGCGCCAAUAGUACCACGGUCGAGGACGGGGUAGGCGAGGAUUCUAAAACUUUAUUCGUGAGCGUUUACGAGCUCUACGCCGUCUCCUGGGGCUCGUCGCCGGACAAGGUGUUUGGGAUGCAGGAUAAAUUCCCCUAUGCCGCUGGCGAAUUCGUCUGGACCGGCUGGGAUUAUCUUGGCGAACCCACACCCUUCGACACCGAGGCUCGUAGCUCGUAUUUCGGCAUCAUCGACCUCGCUGGCUUUAAGAAGGACCGCUUCUUCUUAUAUCAGGCUCGCUGGCGUCCUGACCUGUAUGUGAACCAAUAUCUCCAUUCUUUGCCUAUGGCGCACAUCCUACCCCACUGGACCUGGCCCGACCGCGUCGGCGAGGUCACCCCAGUCCACGUAUUCUCCUCCGCCGACGAAGCCGAGCUAUUCGUCAACGGAAAGUCGGCCGGGAAGCUGCAAAGGGAACCGUCCAACUACCGCUUCCGCUGGGACAACGUGACCUACUCGCCAGGCGAGCUUCACGUCGUCACGUACAAGAACGGCAGCCAGUGGGCAGAGGAGACUGUGAAGACGGCCAGCGACGCCGCGAAGCUGACUCUCACGGCGGACCGCACUACCAUCCAGGGCGACGGCCGCGACCUGUCGUUCAUUACCGUCGCCGUCGUCGACGAGACCGGGACUACCGUCCCGGAGGCGAACAACGCAAUCACUUUCUCUAUCUCGGGCCCUGCGGAGAUCGUGUCUACUGAUAACGGCAACCCUGCCGACUUCACCGCGUUCCCGAGCUUAACGCGAAACGCGUUCAGCGGUCUCGCCCUCGCUGUCGUCCGCUCUUUGCCGGGGGCUUCGGGUGAGAUCACCGUUCGCGCUCAGGCGGAUGGACUUGAAGGCGCGGAGGUAGUUCUCGAGGCGCAGUGACAUUAAGUGGGGAAUGAAGCUUGUUAUAUAAUGCUACAUAGCAAGGUAUCUCGCCGUAGGCUGGGCUAAUAAAAGUGUAUAUCUUGGUUGUUGUUAUCAUUCAUCCUAGGUUUAUGGGUUUACUUCAUGGAUAAAUGCUUAUAAAGGAGCAACCGUUCCUCUCCUAGGUCAGAUCCUGUUGAUUAAAUAAACAAAAAAACUAGGCAGUCCCUUCGUAAACUCAAGGUAAACGACUGCUUAAUCUAGCUUGGUAAAUAAGGUCUGCAGGUUGCAGUAAGCCUUCAGGCCCUCUACACCAUACUGGACGCCAAUUGCGCUGUCCUUAAAUCCUGGACACGGAAUGCCCGGGUCCACCUCUGCAUGUGUAUUGACCCAAACCGUCCCCGCCUGUAGCUGUCGAGCAAUGCGAUCGGCUUGUGCUAUAUCUCUUGACCACACAGAGGCUCCCAGGCCAAAAUUGGUAUCGUUAGAACGUUGAACAACGUCUGACUCUUCAGUCCACCUCAUUACCGGGAACACCGGGC